AUGACAGGCUUCUCAGCCGUCCCACUCGCCCACGAAGACGGCGAUGACAACGCACACCAACAAUUCAAGGGCGUUUCAAGAAUCCUAGGACCGCGAUGGGCGCACCUUCCGACGUUGACCAUUGGGUUAUUGGGUGUACAGAUUUUUUGGAGCAUUGAGAUGUCUUAUGCUUCGCCGUAUUUGCUUUCUUUAGGACUGACCAAGUCUAAAUUGGCUACUGUGUUUAUUGCUGGGCCGUUGUCGGGUUUGAUAAUGCAGCCGUUGAUAGGUGUGCUGGCGGACAACUCAACAUCACGGUUCGGUCGUCGGAGGCCAUACAUGUUACUCGGCUCUCUAGUCUGCGCGUUUGCAAUGCUUUUACUUGGGUUUACGAGGCCCGUCGCGUCGGUGUUCACGGGUUGGGAUAAUGAUUCUAAUGACAUGUUAACGAUAUGGCUCGCCGUACUGUCUAUAUUCCUAAUAGACUUCUCCAUAAAUGCAGUCCAGGCAGUCGACCGUGCUCUCCUAGUAGACACUCUCCCAUCUUCAGCCCAAGCUUCAGGGAACGCUUGGGCAGCCCGCAUGCUUGGGGUCGGAAGCGUCGUUGGGUUUUUCGUGGGCAACAUCAACCUCCCCAGAAUACUCCCUUUCCUUGGGAAAUCCCAACUCCAGGUCCUUUCUGUGGUUGUGUCCCUCCUUCUCGUUGGCGGCCACCUCGUUACGGCGGGCCUUGUUAAGGAACGGGUUCUGCUGCAAAAUGACAUUGAUGGCCAACGACGCCAUGGAAAAAGUUUCCUGCAAGAACUAAAAGACAUAUGGACGAAUAUGCUCACUCUCCCCCGCGUCAUCCGUCAAAUCUGUAUCAUCCAAUUCUUCGCAUGGAUAGCCUGGUUCCCAGUCCUCUUCUACUCAACCAUCUACAUCGGCGACCUCUACAAACGAUCCACGCCCGCAGUUGGCACGCCAGACGCACAAGCAGCCCUGGAAGCCGAAGCCACCCGCCUCGGCUCCCGAGCACUCUUCUACUCGUCUCUUCUAUCACUCCUUGCCAACUUUGCCUUACCCCCUUUCGUAACGGAAGCCAGGCGGUGUGUAACGUCGCCAACGACGGGCCGGGGAGCAGAAGAAGGCUGGUGGGAGAGGAUGUGUCGCGUUCCUAGGGGUCUUCAGGUCCACCUUGCGAGUUUGUGGGCUGUGAGCCAUUUAGUGUUCGCUGGGUGUAUGCUGGGCACUUUUUUCACCCACAGCGUAACUGGGGCCACUAUCCUCAUCACCAUCACCGGGUUCUCAUGGGCCAUCACACAAUGGGCCCCAUUCUCUCUCCUGGCAGAAGCCAUCCUAACCGAACCAGCUCCAUCCCACGUAAACGACGCAAUUUCGAUUCGACUCGCGGAUGCACGUACACCCAUACGUGAAGUUGACUCGGAGAGGGAAGUGUUUCUCCCCGGCGACGCAUCUGACAGCGAAGACGAGGAGGACGAGGAAGAGGCGCGGAAGAAGGAAGAAAGGAGGCGCGUGUUGGGUAACCCCAUUGCCCAGAGGAGUGGGGUCAACAUCACCGGGCGGAAGGAUCGAGUGUCGGAGGAGGAAGAGGAGGAAGGCUUCGAGAUCGUGGCGAGUCCACGCCACUCCGGCGUCCAUAGCGUGCGAUUGACGUUACAGGACGAUGACCAGGUUGACAGGAGUCAUGAGAACGAAGGAGGGUUGAGUUCGAAGGCUGGCAUCAUCUUGGGAAUACACAAUGUAUUCAUCGUGAUACCGCAGUUCCUCGUCACCGGUCUGUCCGCCAUCGUCUUUGCCAUAUUCGAUCCGCAAAAGACUGUCUUGCCCGGCCACCACCCAACACCAAGUAUCGGCGGUGUCAUAAACGGGACGACGACAGCCUCUGGUGUGGAUUCCUUCGAGGCACUGAAAAAUGCUUCUGCGGCUGUUGGUGAUGUCCUCGUCCGAGCUUUGAACGAGGACGCAGGGGAACGAGGGGGCCAGUCGAAUUCUGUAGUAUAUAUUUUUAGAUUUGGUGGGUUUGCAGCUGCUUUUGCUUUUGUACUGUGUUGGAGGCUUGCUAGGGAGCUUAGACAUAGAUAG